ACCAUGUACCUGACAUAGCUAAUAUAAAACGAAGAGAAUAUAUGAAUGAUUUGAAGAAUGUAGAGAAAACAUCUCAACUGAGUACUCAUGCUGUUAUUUGAUCAGUUGUAUCAAAAGUUGAUGAUGCAAUUGCAGGUACACUACCUCCCAUAAAUCAAAUGAAAAGAACAGUACAACGAACAAGACAAAUCGAAAGUUCUGCUCCUCCAAAUCCUGCAACAUUAGAAGAGCUAAAAAUUCCAGAUGAGUACAAAACAACUACGAAUGGUGAAUCAUUUUUAUUAUAUGACAGUUUUUCUGAAAAUAUCAAUGAAAAACGAAUAUUAAUAUUUUCAACAGAAAAAAAUUUAAAUUUAUUAUUAGAAAGUGAACACUGGUUUGUUGACGGCACAUUUUCGUGUUGUCCUAGUAUUUUCACCCGAUUAUAUACAAUCCACAGUUUAAUAUUAUGUGAUGUUGUUCCUUUAGUUUAUGUUCUUUUACCAGAUAAAAAGGAAGUAACUUAUCGCCGUAUGUUUUUAGCUUUAAAUGUUUAAAAAAAAAAUUUAAAUCCAUUGAUGAUUAUGGCUGAUUUUGAAAAAGCUGCUAUGAAUGCAGCCCUAUUUAUGUACCCAAAUACUAAAAUUCGAGGUUGUUUUUUUCAUCUCGGACAGUCAAUUUGGCGGCAAA